GCGCGCCUUCUUCUCGCGAGAGCUGCGAGUGCUGUAUGUGGUAACCAAGGAGAACCAUAGAGAGGAGACUCGCGGCUGCCUGGGUGAUUUCCGCUUCCGGCUAUGAGGAUAGGAAGUCUGUGGCUCCUACGAGGGUUGAAGUUGCCGGGUGCAGUGUGCUGCAGAGGCAUGGCGAAGAGCAAGUUUGAGUAUGUGAGGGAGUUCGAGGCGGCGGACACAUGUCUGCCCAACUGCUGGGUGGUGGUGAGAGUGGACGGGAGGAACUUCCACAGGUUCUCGGAGCAGCAUAACUUUGUGAAGCCCAAUGAUAUCCGUUCUCUCCAGCUCAUGAACCGCUGUGCACAGAACGUGAUGGAGGAACUGAAAGACGUCUGUCUGGCGUAUGGACAAAGCGAUGAGUACAGCUUUGUCUUUCACAAGAAAUCUAACUGGUACAAAAGACGCGCAAGCAAGUUUAUGACACAUGUGGUUUCACAGUUUGCCUCCAGUUUUGUCUUCUACUGGAAGGAGUUCUUCCCGGAUCAGCAGAUCUUGUACCCUCCUGGGUUUGACGGUAGAGUGGUAUUGUAUCCCAGUGAGCAGAACCUAAAGGAUUAUCUCAGCUGGAGACAAGCUGACUGCCACAUCAACAAUCUGUGCAACACUGUGUUCUGGAUGCUGGUCCAGAGGGGAGGAUUAACUCCAGCGCAGGCUCAGAAAAGGCUACAGGGAACACUUGCUGCCGAGAAGAAUGAAAUCCUAUUUUCGGAGUUUAACAUCAACUACAAUAAUGAGCCUUUAAUGUACAGAAAAGGAUCAGUCAUCCUAAAGAAGAAGGUAAAUGAAAUCAGCAAGAAGGUAAUAAAGCUAGAAGGCAAGGAGGAGAGAGAAGUGGAGGUAUCUCGCUCACGGAACCAGUUUGCCAUUCUGCAUUGUGAUGUCAUCGGUGACAAGUUUUGGGAAGAAAACCCAGAUAUAUUUUCUGGUGAAAGCUGAUGAAGGUGUUUUCCACCUGUUUUUUCUUUCUGCUACUUGAUGAGGUAGCAUAAUUAACACCACUGGGAUGUAUGGACCAAAAAAUAAUGGACAGACUACUCACCUCCUUAAUUUAUUGGAAAUUUUAAAAAUAAACAUUUUUUUUCUAAGUCAUGCCUGUGUUUGUUAGGGUAUGAAUAAAUCGAAAUAAACGUGCCCUGCAGGAGGCACUUUUACCCACA